AUGAAGUCCCGGAUUUUUUUUAUAACAUUACUGACAAUAGUUGCCGCUCAAGAAUCCGCAGAUCAGUUAUGCAGUAGUUUCGAUGCCCAGCAGAGCUGUGGACAGUGUAUCAAAGCACAUGCAGAGUGUGCAUGGUGUAUUGAUCCCCACUCUUCCCUUACAAACCGAUGCCAGCUGAAAUCCAAGUUUACCAAUGAGACAUGCACGCCGCACUUGGUGUAUUCUCCACAAACCGCUCAGGUCAAAAUUCAACAAAACUUACCACUUGAAACCAAACAGCAUGAUGGUAAAACCAUUGUUCGACAACAGCCACAAGCGGUUUCCGUCCGUCUAAUGCCAUCUCACUCCGCCACCGUUUCUUUCAAGUACCUGCAUCAAACUGACCCAAGCAGACGGAGCACCGAACCCGAGACUAUGGAAAUUCAGACUUCUGAUGUUAAAGAUACUCCACUGCAAUUGAAAUUUUUCAUUGUCUGUGAUGGAGAGUUGAAGGAGACCAAGUCGUGCCGUGUGCAGAAUAAUCAAAUCGUUGAAUUUAAGAUUGAAGUUCUCGUCAACUCGUGUUCCAGUACCGGCGAUAUUACACUAUCAGUAGGUAUUCUUAGACAACGCACAAUUGCUGGCCUCUACGUCACCACGAUUUGCGGGUGUGAAUGCGAAAAGCAUCCGGAAAUCAAUUCUCGAUUGUGCCAUCAAAACGGACAUCUCGUCUGCGGACAAUGUGUUUGUGAUCAGUCACGUGGUGGGGAUAAAUGUGAAUGUCCGCUUGCUUCGCAUGGAGUUUCCAAGGCUUCUGAAUUGGAGGACAAGUGCAGAUUCAAUUCAUCUUCCCCAGUAUGCAGUGCAUCUGGAAAAUGCAAGUGUGGACAAUGCCAAUGCAACAAACCUACUGUGACCGGCAAGUUUUGUCAAUGCGACAACGACAGCUGCCCGUUGGCGGUCAAUGGAAAAGUGUGCUCUGGAAACGGAGUGUGCGACUGCGGAGUUUGCAAAUGCGAGAUGGGAUGGGAACGUGAUGAUUGCUCGUGCUCGACGGCAUCCAACAAUUGUGUGGACAAUGGGGAACUGUGCUCGAAUAAUGGGCGGUGUGAAUGCAAUCGUUGUGUUUGUAAUAUGGGGAAAACUGGGGCCUUCUGUGGAUCUGACGAAAAGACACCAGCCCCAGAGGAGAAGGAUAAGCCAGAAUCGGUGCCGGAGGAGCCAGAAGCCACUGAAAAACCAGACGACAUGCCGUCUGACAGUGAUCUUGAGAAGGAACUGGAUGAGUCAUCGAGUGCGAAGGAAGAGCAAACUUCCUCCAGUGGAGUUGUGUCGCGAGUUUGUGUAUUGUUAACCUUUUUUCUUCUUGUUCUGAAUUUUUAAGUAAAGCAAUGAGCUCGAUUUUCGAUUUCUAGAUUGCUCUUUCAUCCUCUCUCGGUUUUCGAAAGUUGAACCCCACUUCUUUACACAUGUUUCUAAUGAUGCAUGUGUAUUAUAGGUACUUAAUUUAAUUUGGAAAUUGCUGUAAAAAAGUGUACCGCUUUUUAAAUGUGAUUUUCAGGUUUAAGAGAAACCUUUUUUAGCCUGAAAAGUUAAAAUAAUUUAGUUUUACUUUCAAAAUGCGUGCCUAUAAUACACAAGUUUUUUUUACCUUAUAUCUACAUUUCUCAAUAUGGUUUAUUUCUAAACAGUCAACUUGUCAUACUUGGUAAAAUCAUCCGUUAAUUUAUUCAGAGUAUCAAAUUGUACUUGAUAUGCUUUUGGAUAAAAGUUU